CUAAGGCCUGAGGAGGAAGCCAUGCUGUGGGCUCUCGCCCUCCUUCUAGCUUUCCUGGCUCCUGCCACUCAGGUGUCUUCCAACUUGGAAGGGACACAGAUGUCAGUCACCAGGCAAGCUGGGUCAUCUGCUGUGAUCACUUGUGAUAUUAAACAAAGCAACGACUAUGUCCACUGGUACCGAUACCAGGAGGGGACGGCCCCACAACGCCUUCUCUACUACCAGCUCUCCAGCUCAAAGUUUGUGAUGGACUCAGGGUUCAGUUCACAGAAAUACCAUGCUUAUGCAGGCACAGGGAAGACCUGUGAACUUUUAAUCAAAAUUCUAGAAGAAAGUGAUUCUGGUGUGUAUUACUGUGCUGUCUGGGAGAAGCACAAAAAUUGCUGGAGCAAGAAAUUUGGAGAAGGGACAAAGCUCACAGUAAUUCCCUCUGAUAGACGCCUUCCAGCAGACAUUUCCCCCAAGCCCACCAUUUUUCUUCCUUCAAUUGCUGAAAUCAAACGCCACAAGGCUGGAACACAUCUGUGUCUUCUUGAGAAUUUUUUCCCAGAUGUUAUCAAGGUAUAUUGGAAAGAAAAGAAUGGCAAUAGAAUUCUGGAAUCCCAGGAGGGAAAAACCAUGAAGACCAGCGACACAUACAUGAAACUCAGCUGGCUGACCGUGACUGAAAGGUCAAUGGAUAAAGAACACAAAUGUAUCGUCCAACACGAGAAAAAUAAAGGAGGGGUUGACCAAGAGAUUCUCUUUCCUUCAGUGAAUCAAGUUGUCGCCUCAAUGACCACUACUAUUGCUCCUACAACGGCUGCUACGACAGAGGAAAGGAUUGCCACCUCAAAGGCCACUACUGUUGGGUCUACAACGGCUUAUACGACAGAGGAGAGCAGUAAGUCAUUGUCUAUGUUUGCCUAUGUUUGGUAG